UAACAGGCAGGCUGGUUGGCUAGAGAACCAGGUUGUAGUCAUCAUAAAGAAAAGCAAAGAAUCUUAACCGUUAUUAAUCCUUGUAUAUUAUUUUUCAAGAACAAGAAAUGGAAAAUUAAUAUAAUUGAGCAGUACAAUAAUUGUAGAGAUAUCAGGGUUGACAAGAUAAGUUGUUAUGGAUCGCUUAAUCCGCAAGAUCAGGCCUUACCUUCUGGCUUGGCAUCACCGAUCUCGUUCUAGUCCAGAAUCGUUAGUGAGGCGCUUCUCAUACAAAGAUAUAAAGAGGGCGACGGAUGGUUUUCAUCGUAUAAUAUAUAGCAAUUCUCAUGGGGCUGCCUACAGGGCUAGAUUUCAAGAUGGUGAGGUUGCGUUGGUAAAGGAAGUAAAAGACUUGAAUCAAGGAAAGGACAAUUUUUUAAAAGAAGUUCAACUCUUGGGGCAGUUGCAUCAUCGCCACCUUCUUGCACUUAAAGGCUUUUCCACAGGACAUAAGAGGUUGCUAGUGUAUGACAACAUAGAAAUGGGAAGCUUGAAGGAACAUCUCAAUGAUCCUCUUAAAACUCCCUUGAAUUGGAGAACAAGGUUACAAAUAGCCAUUGGUGUAGCAGCUGCUUUGGAAUACUUGCUUCUCUUCAGUAACCCACCAAUAUAUCAUGUUUCCAUCAGCGCAAGUAACAUAAUGCUAGAUGAAAACUACAUCGCAAAGAUCUCCGAUGUCGGCCUUAUUAAUUCCAUUGGAGCUAAUGUAACAGUGCCUCAUUCCUCGAAUUCGGAAGAUUGCAUGGACAACACAUGUGGAAACUUAACUUUUCAGCUUGGUGUGCUAAUCCUGGAGCUGAUAACUGGUCAAUCAUCAGAGAACGGAAUCACGGAUUUAAUCCAGUGGAUCCAAGAGUCCCGUUAUCGCAGUUCGAUUCAGAAGAUGAUUGACCCGGAUCUUGGAAACAAUUAUGACUCUAGAGAGCUUAAAAAUCUUCUAGCUGUAGCAAGAUUGUGUAUAAAAUCUGGGGAUAAGCCAAAAUUUUCUAUUCCCCAGAUAUUUAGGUAUCUCCAGAAGAAAGCAGAAAACACAUGUAAUUAGUGUCUGCACUCCCACACUUCUCUUGAAUGAAAUUCUUUCAUUUGUUGAAAUCCAAACCCAUUGUCUUCCUGUACACUGUUUGUUCCUUUUAACCACAUUUUUUUCUCCAAUUUA